AUGUCAGUUAAUGAUAAUUGUGUAAAUGAUAAAUUUAAAGGUUCUAGUGAAUGGGUAGACAAUUUCAAGAAAUGGCAUAAGUUUGCUUUUUUGUGUGAUGAGGAUAAAUUUAAAGGUUCUAGUGAAUGGGUAGACAAUUUCAAGAAAUGGCAUAAGUUUGCUUUUUUGUGUGAUGAGGAUAAAUUUAAAGGUUCUAGUGAAUGG